GGAGGCAUGACUCCAGACUUGAGAGUGUCCGCAGGUCACCUGGGGCGCUUGUUGGAAAGAGAGCUUUCUACAUACACACGCCUCCAAAGUGCUCAGCACUGUGCAGGGGCCUGGAAUUGCAUCUAGAAACGACUCCUCAGGUGAACGGGAUGCCGCGGUCCUCGGCCCUGCUGUUGGUUACCGUGGUGAUGGGAUUGCGUCACAAUGGUCCAGAUGACCAGCAGGAGUGGGGAUGGGGCCAGAAGGGCUCUGGUCGGGCCCCACGUCCAUUUUCUCAGGAGCCAGAGGCCAAAAGGGUGAGAAUCAAUGUCUUCAGGCUGAUUCCCGGACGGAGGCAGAUAGAAGAGUCUCGAAGCAGCACGGAGGGCCGUCCCCUGCAGGGCCAACAGGAGAGCCUGCCAUCGAGCCAGGAUGGCCGCCGUGUGGUCCCGCAGGGGAUGCUGCUGGAGACAAAGCAGUGCAGUGAAAGGGACUGCCCUCCGGACACCUGCAGAGUCCCUGAAGUCCCCAGGAUGGUUUACCCCAAGGCCCAGCUCCUGCAGCCUGUGAGGGCAGACGUGCUGGUCAUGACCCCCUGGUUUGCUCCUGUCAUCUGGGACGGGGUCUUUGACUCUGCCAUUCUGGACGCACAAUUCGAAAACACCACCGUUGGACUGACCGUUUUUGCCAUCAGAAAAUACGUGGUCUUCCUGGAGCUGUUCCUGCAGACGGCGGAGAAGCACUUCAUGGUGGGACACAAGGUCACCUACUACGUGUUCACCGACCGGCCGGGGGAUGUGCCCCGCAUGCCCCUCGGGGAAGGGAGGCAGGUGGUGGUCCUGGAGGUCCGGAACUACUCGCGCUGGCAGGACGUGUCCAUGCACCGCAUGGAGAUGAUCAGCAACUUCUCCCGGCAGCGCUUCCUCCACGAGGUGGACUAUCUGGUGUGCGUGGACGUGGACAUGAGGUUCCGCGACCACGUGGGCGUGGAGAUCCUGUCCCCGCUCUUCGGCACCCUGCACCCCGGCUUCUACGGGGCGGCCCGCGCGGCCUUCACCUACGAGCGCCGGCCGCAGUCCCAGGCGCACAUCCCCAGGGACGAGGGCGACUUUUACUACGCGGGAGGCUUUUUCGGGGGGUCGGUGGCCGAGGUUCUGCGGCUCACGUCGGCCUGUCACCGGGCCAUGGUGGUCGACCGGGCCCACGGCAUCGAGGCGGUGUGGCACGACGAGAGCCACCUGAACAGGUACCUGCUCUACCACAAGCCCACCAAGGUGCUGUCCCCCGAGUACCUGUGGGACGAACAUAUGCUGCAGAAGCCACCUUUCCUCCGGAAGCUGCGCUUCGUGGCGGUGCCCAAGAAUCACGCAGAAAUCCGGAACUGAUGGGCGGGGCGGGGGGGGGGGUGCUCCAGGAGGUCUCCCUGCAAGGCUGCGGCCGGCCUUAGCGGGUCUUCCGCUGGGAAAGGGAUCGGCCACGGCUCUGGUGGCGAAUGAGUCCCCGUGCCUCAGUUUCCUCUUCUGGAGAGACUCCCACUACCCACCAAGCACACACGGCUCUGGUUUUUCAUCUCUCCCUAAUCCUGCCUCGUAUUUAAAGUCGGCUCACCCUUCGUGGUGCCGGUAAGGGCCCCUUCCCCGGCAAGGUUUCUUGGUCUCUUCCUCCUGCGGUUGAGGCCCGCUGCUCCCCGCCCCGCCUUUCUAGCGCUGUGUCCUUCCGGCUCCAUCUGCCCUUCCGCCCCUAUUUCCAACUGGCCUUGCCCAUUACGGUGUGAGCUCCUGGGCCGAGAGGCUGAGAUCUCUCCGCCUUUGUCCGGGUCACCUCCUAUCACAGGGCCUUGUGCCCGGAGACUCCCAAAACAGGUUCACAUUUGAGUUUAAGUGACCCGUAAAAACCCAGGACACCGUGUGCUGAGACGGUGGGCGAGGCCCAGCCAGGGAGCACUUUUCCGGGUUUGGUCUGGGUCGGUUGGUGGCUUGUGGCUUUGGGUUGUUGGGCUUUUUCUUCUAGGGUUUCUGGCAGUCUGUCACAUGCUUUUGCUCUUACUGCUUUUCUCUGACGCACGUUAAAAACGCCUUCUUCCGGUUUUUAUGUUGCCACUUCAACGCUUUCAGCAUAGGCAAAUUUAAGAGAUCGCCCCCUGCUUUGAAAUCAUGAAGAUAGUCUGUUUUGUUAUCUUCCAAACACUUAAUGUUUUUGCCUCACACUUGAGUCAUUCAUCUACCGAAAGUGACCUGUGUGUGCUUUUCACGGAAGGGCUCAAUUUAAUGUGGCUUUCCGUGGAUAACCAUCACCCGAGCACCGCCUAGUGAACACGUGUUUGAAAACCUACCGGAAAGUUCUUCUCCCCGACAUGCACUGUCGUCGGCCUCAUGCUGGCAGCUGUCCUUCUGUGCCGGGUCCGUUAGGGUCUCUCUAUUCUGUUGCAUUUGAUGCGGUUUGGGCGUGGUGGGGGUCUGGAGCCGACAGCCGAGAAAGAAUUCUUGUGUCUUUGGUGCUUAAAGGUGAUUUCAUCAAAGCACAGGGACGGGGCCCGUGGGCGGGAGGAGCUGCCCUAGGGUUGUGAGGAGUGACUGGUUACACACUACAGAGUUGGGGGAGGUCAAGGCAAAAGGAAGCCUCCAGAAGGAGUUUCACAUGGUAAAGAGGACUCCUAGGGUAACUGAGGCCUGGCUGUUGUCACCCUGAGGUGGUUUUUCCUCUAGUAAGUCAGUAACAUGAAGACAGUAGGGAGUUCCUGGAGGAAUGUUCUACUCUGCUUGCCUCAGGAGGCUGCAGGUUAUAAAGAAAUUUAAUGUUUUUUGCAUUUCCGUCUUGUCUUUGUUCCCCACAUCCCUACGGAGGAGAGGGUGGGUGAUGUUGGGGCUCCAGGAAACUGAGUCAAUGGGUUUCUGGAGGUUAAGCUAUUGAGAAGAUUGCCUUUUGGGGAGCUGCCUGGGUGGCUCGGUCGGUCAAGCUUCUGACUUCAGCUCAGGUUGUGAUCUCACAGUUAGUGAGUUCGAGCCCCGCGUUGGGUUCCGCACUGACAGUGCGGAGCCUGCUUGGGAUUCUCUCCCCUUCUCUCUGCCCCUCCCACAUGUGCUCUCUCUCUCUCUCCCUCAAAAUAAAUAAACAUUGAAAAGAAAAGAUUGCCCUUGUACUUUAUUCAGACACGUACGAACUGAUGAUGACUGUGAUGUCUAUCGGCCAGCCUUUGGUUUUUCCCUUUCCUUUCUUCUUGGGCGGCCAGGAGAGCCUGAGGAACGUCACACGCAUCCCGCCUGGGGGCAGGGGGUCGCUUGUGGGGUGUCGGCCUGCCUGAUGCUCCCGCGGCACAUCGGCCGGCUGGUCUGUCCUUGUGGUGCCGACCACCGUCUUACUCAUUCUAGGCCUAGAAACGGGUCUUGGUAUCUGGUGACAAGUCCUCCCCUGACUCUUUAAGAGUGUUCUGGUUGCCCUUGGCCCUGGCCCUGCUGCAUUUCCAUCUUUAAUCUUCUGUCACGUGGCACCGAGGAGCCUGCUGGAGGUUUCAUCAGAACCGGGGUAAAAAUAGCUUGUCGAUAUCGGAGAUCCCACCCCGUGAGCAAAGCUCUCGGUUUACUCAGUCCUUCAAUCUUUCAACAGAACUUCGUAAUUUUCUCCGUAAAGGUCUUGCAAAUCUGUUUUUCAAGA